AUGAAUGAAAUGAACCUGAGUUCCGUAGGGAUGGACCAGCUGACCUCAUCCUCUGUGAGCAAUGCCCUGCCUGUCUCAGGAAGUCACUUGGGACUGACUGCAUCACCCACUCACAAUGCCAUACCAGCAUCAGGCUUGCCUGUUGCAAUUCCAAACUUGGGCCCCUCCUUGAGUUCCUUGCCCUCUGCCCUAUCUCUGAUGCUCCCAAUGGGUAUUGGAGAUCGAGGAGUGAUGUGUGGUAUACCAGAGAGAAACUACACCCUACCUCCACCACCUUAUCCUCACCUGGAGAGCAGCUACUUCAGACACAUUCUACCUGGUAUUUUAUCUUAUUUAGCUGACAGACCUCCACCUCAGUACAUCCACCCCAACACUAUAAAUGUCGAUAGCAAUUCAGCUUUAUCUGUCUCCAAUAAUCCUUCAGCCCUAGAUCCCUUCCAGCCCAGUGGAACUGUGGGACUGGAACCAGGGAUUGUCUCCAUGGACUCUCGUGCAGUGAACACACACGGUGCUCAAAGCCUGCCCCCUAGUGACAGCCAUGAGGUAGCACUGGAUACCACAAUCGCUAUGGAGAGUGUUUCAAGGGUAACCAGUCCAAUAUCUACUGAUGGGAUGACUGAGGAGCUUACGAUGGAUGAUGUAGCUGGGGAUCAUUCACAAAUCCCAAAUGGCUCCCGGAAUCAUGAACCAUUAGCUGUGGACACGGUAGGCAGUAACUUGGCUUCAGAUGCAGUGGGUCAUAGUGGUGUCAUACCCAUUCAUGGUAGCACUUUGGAGCUUCCUGUUGUUAUGGAGCCUGACCACAUUGCAGGCCGGGUAAGCGGUAUAUCGGACAGCACACUAAAUGACUCCCUACAUACCGUGGCCAUGAGCACCAACUCUGUGAGCGUGGCGCUCUCUACCUCACACAACCUAACUUCCCUGGAAUCUGUCUCCUUGCAUGAAGUGGGCCUCAGUCUCGAGCCUGUGGCUGUCUCUUCCAUAAACCAGGAAGUAGCCAUGGGGCCAGGCCAUGUGGAUGUGUCUUCAGACAAUCUUGCCUUUGUACCAUCAUCUCUGCAAAUGGAAGACUCCAAUUCAAACAAGGAGAAUAUGGCUACCUUGUUUACCAUAUGGUGCACGCUGUGUGACAAGGCCUACCCAUCAGACUGCCCAGAUCAUGGGCCUGUAACUUUCAUUCCUGACACCCCAAUAGAGAGCCGAGCCAGACUUUCUCUCCCAAAACAGCUUGUUCUCCGGCAGUCUAUCAUGGGACCUGAAGUAGGUGUGUGGACUCGGGAGACCAUUCCUGUGAGGACUUGCUUUGGACCUCUGAUUGGGCAACAGAGUCACUCUUUGGAAGUAGCAGAUUGGACAGACAAGGCAACCAAUCACAUUUGGAAGAUGUACCACAAUGGCGUCCUGGAGUUCUACAUCAUUACAACUGAUGAAAAUGAGUGUAACUGGAUGAUGUUUGUACACAGAGCCCGGAAUCGGGAAGAGCAGAAUCUGGUAGCUUAUCCCCACGAUGGAAAAAUGUACUUCUGCACCUCGCGGGACAUCCCUCCUGAACAAGAGCUUCUCUUUUAUUACAGUCGGGAUUAUGCUAGACAGAUUGGUGUCCCUGAACACCCAGAUGUGCAUGUCUGUCACUGUGGAAAGGAAUGCACUUCCUACACAGAGUUUAAGGCCCAUCUGAGCAGCCACAUCCAUAACCACCUCCCCAGCCAGGGGCACAGCAGCAGCCAUGGAUCGGGCCACAGUAAGGAAAGGAAGUGGAAGUGCUCCAUGUGCCCCCAAGCUUUCAUUUCUCCUUCCAAACUUCAUGUCCAUUUCAUGGGACACAUGGGCAUGAAGCCACACAAGUGCGAUUUCUGUAGCAAAGCUUUCAGCGAUCCCAGCAACCUCCGGACUCACCUCAAGAUACACACAGGUCAGAAAAAUUAUCGCUGUGCCCUCUGUGACAAGUCGUUCACCCAAAAGGCUCACCUGGAAUCGCACAUGGUCAUCCACACCGGGGAGAAGAACCUGAAGUGCGAUUACUGUGACAAGCUGUUCAUGCGGAGGCAGGACCUCAAACAGCAUGUACUUACCCACACACAAGAACGGCAGAUCAAGUGUCCCAGAUGUGACAAGCUGUUCCUGAGGACAAAUCACCUGAAGAAACAUCUCAACUCCCAUGAAGGAAAGAGGGACUAUGUGUGUGAAAAAUGCUCCAAGGCUUAUCUAACCAAAUACCACCUCACUCGCCACCUAAAAAUCUGCAAAGGCCCCACAUCCAGUCUCUCAGCCCAGGAAGAGGAGGAUUCAGAGGAGGAAGAACUAAUAGAGUCAGUGAGGACUGAAGACUGUAGGAUUAACAGUGGAGUGUAUGCAACAGAUGACUCACUCUCUGGACAUAAGUGACGAAAGAUGGAGGAAAACUUUAGAUGUAAAAUUGGGGAGGAAAAGUCACUCCCCUUUCCCCAAGCAUCAUGUUUUUAUCAAUGAAACAUUAUAUCCCUAUUUAAUAAGCCCUAUGGCUAAAACUCUGAAUGAGAAUGGAUGACGCACUUAUCUGUUGACAAGGAACAGUUUCCAGUAAGGAGAUCAUAAAAAUACACUGUGCACAGAC